AGCAAAAUUUUCAAGAAAAUGCUCAACACAUUGGUAUCAUUGUUCCUCAUUGUUGCAGUAUCGCUGCUGACGUAUGUAAAUGUUGAAGGGGCUGAAGUUCCAGGAGGUUAUCCCGUCAACAGAUUCAACUGUACUUAUCCAUGUUACUAUGGAGAGGACGAAGAGCAAUGUCAACAGUUUUGCACAUUGUUAAAGGGGGGGUUUGGAUAUUGUUAUAUGUAUACUUGCUACUGCGAACGGCUUCCGGAAAGUGUCAAACAGAUUAAAAAAUUUAAAAUUGUAGGCUGCAGUAAUGGACAAUGGGAUAUAACUAGUGUAAGCAACUUGUAUGGAAGUGGUCGUUAAACACAGGAAUUUGGAAAUGUAAAACAUUAAAUAAUAUUUAUCCUUGAUUUAUUUAGCCAUAGAAAAGAAUGUGAAAUAUAAUUUUAAAUAUUAAAAUGAAUAAAAAAUUAUCAGUAACUUAACAAUGCUCUUGUUAUUUGAUAAGCGACACUAACACUAU